AUGGACUCUUCUGGUUCUGAGCCCUUGUCUGGGCUUCGCUCGCUGGUCGCCAGGGUUCUAGGCGCAACCGACCACACCUCCGGCAACAAGGAGGCACCACCUGCAGAAGGAAAUGGUAAAACUUCAGAGUUCAGUGAAAAUAUGGGGCAAAACUGGCUGAGCCACUUCGCAGCAGUCGCACCCGAUCACAUCAAGCGAUGGACAAACCCAGCCGACGGUACAGGGAACAUUCCAUAUGAGCAGCUCGUCGAAAAUCUACAGCAGUUUAACAUACCAGCCAGGCAUGCCUCCGAGUACACAUUAGCUCAGCUCCUUGGGGUCGAGCCCCCUCCGCAGGAUCCCCCACAAGAGGAAGAAUCCUUCAGCCCCCCUACGCCAAUCCCCGUAAGGUCUGUUACACCUCGCCCUCACAAGCUCGGUCCACAAGCAGCAGCUUACCUCGCCAGGAAGCAAAGCCCCACGUUUACUCAAGUCAUUCCAGUGCGUGAAGUAACGAAGGCAUUCGUUGGGCCCGUAAAGCAAAAGGUAGGGUCCCUCAGUGGAGAACCCUGCAAGCUACUGAAAAGGCCGGCAGAGACAUCUGAAGUACCACCUGAUUAUGUUGAGGUGGUGGGAAGCAAACAUGUACGGCCUAUAGGAAGCAACGUUAAUACUGUGAGCCGUGAAACCAGCAAUUAUUCGGGUGUUGAGAGUAUUGUCUGCCCAACCAGAACGGAAGCAACUCGCCGCAGGCCUUCACCAAUAUACCUCGAGCCUGUGGUAGACCCCAGCAGAGGCGUUUCUGGAGCUCAUAAGGAAAGCUCUAGUGAGGUAGGAAGAACAGCAGCAGCAAAGUUUCUCGCAAGCAUUCCAAAGAGAGCACCUGGAACUGUAGACAUCAAGCAUAUUCACACAAAAGAAGACAAAGAAGUAUACGAUGCUAUAAACAAGCCAGUUAUUUACACUAUGGGCAAGUAUGUAUGGUCUAAGGAACAGGCUGACAAGGGCGAUGAACACUCAGCAGACAUCCCUCUUGCAGACGCAUGCUUCGACAAACUCUGCAAAGAUAUGUUUUUCCAGGAAGAGCCCUCGAGCACAACCACGCAAGACUUGGAGGCAGAACCACCAAAAAGUCUUGCGAAAAACGAAAACUCCACGCUUUUUCUUCCAAAAAUAUUGGAACUAUGCAAAGAAUCACGUAAAGAACUCGCCGCAUUUGCCGAAGAGGUCGUCGAAACUCGCGACGAUCCAGAUGUGGGGGGCAAAGGCCUCUUUUCUACAGUGGAGCUGAAAAAAGGCCAGGUGGUUUUUGUCGAGAUGCCGCUGCUGACAUGCGAAAUUGAGUCGGAUUCGAUGUGGACGACCUUUACAAGCCUUAACGACGAGCAAAAGGCUGUAUUGGAAACUCUUCAAGGAUUCGAUUCUGAUCUUUCUAAAGACGAAUCUCUGUGGUGCAUUCUCUUGGCCAGGGCAAAUAAGCGCAUUGAUUUGGCGAAGCCUUUCAAGUCAUUUCUCGCAAAGAUGAAGAGAAAUGCCCACGGAAUGCCCUCAGAAGGCCGAUGGGGUUUGUACCCCAAGGCUGCAAAGGUGAAUCACUCAUGCGAGCCAAAUGUCACCUACCGCAACCUUGAAGGGCUCUUGGUUUACUUUGCGACUCGCGACAUAUCUCGUGGAGAGAAAUUAACAAUGUCAUACAUUGAUCAGCUAUACACCUCGGCUGCAUUCCGCAACAAGCGGCUUCUGCAUACUAAAUGCUUCACGUGCAAUUGCACCCGUUGUGGUUCUAUGAAGGAAAAAGAAAGGCGAAUACUGUGCCCAUCAUGCCGUCCUACAAAGCUGAAAAUUGUUGACUCUGGGGCAGACGUCCCUACUGCACCUCCGCCAAGUGACGUUGCUGCUGAAGACACAAAAAAACGAGAGGAUUCAUGUGAGGAAAAGGAGCCCCAAGGCGACAGGAAAUUUUCUCCUGUGGAGCCAGGCACAACUGACGGAGAGGACACUUCUGCCCAGGCCUCUGACGACGAAAGCAAGCCCAUCAUACAGUCCUCUGACGACGAAAGCAAGCCCAUCAUGCAGUCCAGUGACGAUGAAAUGGGACGCUCUGCAGCAUCUGAGCCAGCAGGAGAAGACGAUGCUGCUUUACUUGAUGUGGGAUCUUCGCCUUCCGAAUGCAGAGAUGAAGAAAGGAGUGACUUCGGCGAGGGCUUUUUGGCAAGCGACGAAGGCACUCGAGGGUCCAAUGAUUUCACAGACAGCGCCUCAAACAGCGACCGGUCGCCCGAGGAAAUGUCUGACUGUGAAACAAAACAGAAGUUGUUCGGUUCAGGCAAGCUGUCGGCACAUACCUCUACUUCAUUGAUGCUGUCUGUAUAUGCCAUGAAUUCAUGUGCCAGCAAAAGCACAGAGUUGGGACAGGCAGAGUCACAAAGUGAAGACCAAUCAGCGCGGUCUCUCAGCAAUGCUGAGUGUAGCUCUACUGCAACUGCUGAAUAUGUAGCACCAAUCGAGCCGCCUCCUCCUCCAAUGUACUGUCAAAGAAACGGCAACGGCAUUUGGAUAUGCAGUUCAUGCAGUGGCCGCUUCACUGAUGACGAUAUGCCGAUAGGCAUGGAAGAUUACUUUGAGAGGCUCUACGUGAAGUUGCAGAGCAAGUUCAAUUUCCCUACAACCCCGCAGUGGACAGUAGACGUCGCUUCUUUGAUCAAAAGCAUCGAAGUUGUUUUGGGUACGCAGCACUGGCUGUAUGCAGCCUGCAACUUGCUGCUGGCCCAACUGUAUCUUGGACAGUGGGUAGGAGGUAUGGUGAGGGACUCUAUUUUUGACAGAUCACUCAAACAUGCAGAAGUGUUCAUUAAAUUCGUGGAAACAACCACAAGGGAGGCGCUUCACGUGGAUUGCGCGCCUCUAGUGGCUUCGCUGAUGCGCGUUUUGCUGUUCAACGGGCGGUGGGCUACAUUCGAGCACUGGGUGAAAAUCGGGAGACUGGAGAUUGUAAAGGACUGCCUUGGCUCUUGGGAUGAGGCGUUCUUGUCCUUUUCUGAAGCCUAUGCAUACUUACAGCGCUGCCACGAAAAGGGCGAUCUUCCUCAGCUGUCUGUCUUGCACCGGUAUGCACACACUGCGCAGUACACUAUCAUCCAGGCUGCAGAGCAGCUCGAGAAGAGAGAAUCGGAACGAAAGAAGGCACUCGAGAAAGCAGCUCAAGAGAAAGAGCGGAGUCGGCAGGCGGAGGAGGAGCGCCUCAGGGCGUUACAGGAGAGGAACAGGAGAAUGCGAGAGCAUGUCGAGCUUAUCAAAGCUCAAGUUGCUGCUCGAGCAAAAAUAAAAGAUGUGACUGCUUCUCAUUCUGAGGGAGUUCUCGCGAAGUUCAUGUUGGCUGGCGUGGAUGAUUGCGUCAUCAAUGAUGCUGCAAUGGCUGUCCAGCGGGCUCAUCAAUACGCUAAAGAAAUGCAAGAAGCCGCAGUACAGGGGCGCCGACUUUUCCCAGGGAGCAUGGCUGCCGAAAUGGCAUACAUGCCUCCCCAAGGAGUCAUGCCAUCAAAGUAUUUGCCGCUUAUCAUGUUAGAUGACCCACUUAGGGCCAUUCCGGAGAAGAGCAAGCAGGUGCGUCAACGGCGAGCGCAAGCUGCACGUGAAAAGGCAAUAUUGGAUGCUCGGUGCGCCCAACAAGAUUUAGAUUUCGAAGAGGACGAAUCUGUGUGUGAGGAGAUUGCCAGCCAACCCGAAGAUGGUAUUGAGAACAUAGAGCGAACUAUGAUUUAUCGAAUCCCCGGACUUUCAGGCACGGCACCUGGCGAGUUUGUCAACGUGUCCCAACUGGUGCAUGAUGAAAAAGGAAAUCAUGCUCCACUGCCUUUAUUUAAGUCAUUUUUCUACAUUGACUCAGCAGAGCGCAGGCGCUCACUAAAAGCUGACAACCAGAGCAGCCUGAUUGUUUUGGGGUCAGCUAGCUCUCCUCCCGUGCUGUCAGAAGAAAAAUUGGAAGAUAUAGAGGCUGCGAAGUACAAUUACCUCCAUGAAGAACGACAGAAAUUUGAGAAGGAUGUCAGGGAUGGUGUUCUGCUGGCAGCGACUGAAGCAGGUGCACUGAAAGACGAAAGCAAGCUUGUGGAUGUAGUGGAGACAGCCAAUAAAGUGAUUCAGAAUAUGGUAAUUCAAGAAGCAAGAGCUGAACGCGCAAUAGAGGAAGCGCGAUAUGCAGUAAAGGGAAUAGAGCCCCCUCAAAGGCCAGCCAUUGAAACUUCAACAGUAGUAAAAGUCCCGCAGGAUCAGAUUUCAGCUGCCAAGCCACAGGCUCACACCACUGCAGGCGUGAGCCAAAAGAGCGAGACCCAGGAAAAGCAGCCGUUGCCUGUGGAAUCCGCAACGAUGCCAGGCGUUUGGGAGUACGUACCCUCUCACAAUCACGAAAAAGGCCCCACAGUAUUCCUGUACCCUCCAACAAGCCAGCCAGCUCCAUCUUCCCCCGGUGCUCUUCCGAGCAUCCAUGAGCGCGAUGAAGAAUCAAAAGUAUACAUGGGCAGCCGAAUUAUAAAGCCGCUUGACUUCUCUCACAUACCUCCGCCGCCAAAAGUUGAGGACAUUGUAGGCGCGUUUGGUAACACCCAUCAGCACUACAAGAUGUCUCGCAUCAACAUGAUGAAAACGCGUUUUGGCUCACCUACUAAGAAGGUAAAUAAUAACUGA